CAGACCUACAUAAACAUGAACAAACCUGAACAUUCCAAAGUUUACCUAAUUUUGGGUAUGCACUUUUGUCAUCAUGGAAUAGAUCUCAAAUCAUUUACUGGGAUAUUAAAUAACAAUAGCCCAAGUAUGUGUAACAAGCUGGACAAACUCAAGAGAGGUCCACCCAAAGAUGUUAAAGAAAAUGAUAAAGUUUGCCAUUAUGCGUGGACAAUGUCAGACCACAAUGACUGCUGUGUAACAAGCUGGGCAAACUCAAGAGAGGUCCACCCAAAGAUGUUAAAGAAAAUGAUAAAGUUUGCCAUUAUGCGUGGACAAUGUCAGACCACAAUGACUGCUGGUGUCAUGUUGCACUGACAUCCUGAGGGUUCUUGUGACAUUCAUUCAAUCCAUCCAUUAAUUCAUGAAUUAUAUAUUUUUCCAUACAAAAAAAUUAUUGUCAUACUUCAGGCAAAAAGUUGUUUACCUGCAUCUGUUCAAUAUCUGUGUUAAAAAUGUUUAUGAAGUUACCGUUUGCCAAUGUUGUUGUUAUUGCUCACAUAAAUAUUAACAAAAAAAGUGUCAAAGAUAUUAAUGGUAAAUAUGAAGAUUCUAGAGAAAUGUUAAAACAUCCUCUUUUAGCGUGCUUAAUUUAGUGCCUCUGCAAACAUGA